AUGGAGAAAUUAUCUGUUCCCAAUUCACUAAAUUCUCUUGUAGCGUCUGUUCCAAUUUUUAAUGGGCUUAAUUUCUCUGACUGGAAUGAGCAAGUCCAAUUUCACCUCGGUGUUUUGGAUCAAGACCUUGCUAUAUUGGAAGAGAAGCCUGCUACUAUUACUGAUUCUAGUAGUAAUGAAGAAAAAGCCUAUUAUAAAGCUUGGGAAAAGUCUAACAGACUCUGCCUUAUGUUCAUGAGAAUGACUGUUGCUGACAGUAUUAAGACAGCUCUACCCAAAACUGAAAGUGCUAAAGAAUUUAUGGGUUUUGUGGGAGAGCGCUCUCAAACAGCUGAUAAGUCUCUUGCUGGGACACUAAUGAGUACACUGACCACCAUGAAGUUUGAUGGUUCACGUACUAUGCAUGAGCAUGUCAUUGAGAUGACAAAUAUUGCAGCAAGACUUAAGUCCUUGGGAAUGGCUGUGAAUGAGAAUUUCCUUGUACAAUUUAUUCUUAACUCAUUACCGACUGAGUAUGGGCCGUUUCAAAUGAGCUAUAAUACCAUGAAAGACAAAUGGAAUGUGCAUGAAUUGCAUAGUAUGUUGGUUCAGGAGGAAACGAGACUUAAGAAUCAAGGAAGUCACUCAAUUCAUUAUGUAAGCCACCAAGGGAAUCAAGGAGUUGGAAAGAAGUUUGUUAAGAAACAUGAUAAGGGCAAAAAGCCAUUAAAGAUUAAUGAGGCAUCUGUACCAAUCCAGAAGAAAGCAUCAAAGGGUAAUAAUUGCCAUUUCUGUGGGAAAUCUGGACACUUCUAG